AUGCUAAAUGGACACGGAUAUACAUAUUACCGUGGUAUGCGUAACAUACCAAACAUGAAAUGUGUAUCCUAUAAGACAUAUAAUAGGGUCCAGAAAAUGAUAAAGAACGCUGCCAAUGUGAAAUGGGCGACGUUGCAAGAAAACACUCAUCAUAUCAUCUUCAAUCAUUACAGAGAAAAAUUUGAUAGGCACUCCGUUGAUGGGAUCCUGGACAUUGAUGUAUCGUUUGAUGGAUCGUGGCACACAAGGGGCCAUCAUUCACAGAUUGGGAGUGCCUUUGUUGUGGAGAUAUUUACAGGGUUCGUUGUGGACUACAAUUGUUUCUGCAAAAACUGCAAAAAGUGCAAGAUAUUUCUGAAUAGAAAACAACAAGGAAAAAUAACACAGACGGAGUUUGACAAUAAGAUGCGUGAACAUGUACCUGAUUGUGAUAAGAACUAUGACGGCACUUCCAAAAAUAUGGAGGCUGAUGCUGCAGUAUUGUUGUGGGGUCGAUCUAAAGACCUGAAAUUCAGGUAUACAACCUUGGUUUGUGAUGGGGAUUCAUCAGCCUUCAAUAGAAUUUGUGCAAUGAAUAAUGGUGCUGGUCCAUAUGGAAAUGUAACCGUGGAAACGGCUGAGUGUAUAAACCACUUCAGCAAGAGACUGGCUACACAGCUCCGGAACUUUCAGAAAACAGCGGUGGAAGUGAGAGAGACAAAAGGGAAUGUCAAAAAGACAAGACGAGUGUCACUGGUGAAAGGAAAAGGUAAAUUGACAGAUGCUACCAUUGGAAGGUUGGCAAGUUACUUUACAAAAGCUAUCAGAGAUAAUGUCAACACAGACUGGAAGCGAAUGAGGGAUGCCUGUUUGUCCGGACUGUUGCAUACUACGUCGACUGAUGAGAAGCCAAUGCACAUGCAUUGCCCUAAGGGGAAAGAGUCUUGGUGUUUUUUCCAGCAAGACAUUGCAAAUGAAACGACCCCAAGAUCACACAAGACGAUGAAGGUACAUUUCCAGCUUCCUAGUGUCCACAUGACAGAAGUCCUCAAGAUAUACUACAAUCUGAUAUCAGAAGACAACAUGACGAGGUGUCUGAAGGGGAAGACACAGAAUCCAAACGAGUCUCUACACCACCGACUUUGGAAACUCGCCCCCAAAGACAAGUUUGUCGGUCGUGUAAUGGUCGACUUCGCAAUGGCAAUCACAGCUGUCAACUACAACGUCGGAUAUGUGGCCGGAUCUCUGACCAGCCUCAUUGGUCUACCACAAAGUGACCUACGAGACUGGUACUUUGAAAGGAAGAACAAGGAGAUGCAGAUACCAACGAAACGCACCACCAAGCCACGACAGGCCCCUGAGGGAGCUGACCCAGGUUAUGGGGCAGGGGCCUACUAGUGCCAAUACAGUGCCACCUGCAGGACUCAUAUUUCUGACCAAUUAUAUUAGGCGAUCUUCAUGGAACUUGCACACCAUAUUGAACCCAUGCGUUUCUACAAGGGUGCAAAUUUUGAAUGAUAUUGGUCAACAUCAACCUCACCCACAGGUGGCUCAACUUUGAACUUUGUUUUCUGCAGGCUGAGAUGCUGAAACUUGGCCCAGUUGCAGUACCUUUCACAUGUAUCAGGAUAAU